AUGAGUGUGAACAACGACAAAGCUGUAACACAUUUACUUGACCUACCAAACGAAUUAUUUCCGGACUUGCUAAUUUAUCUCAGUGCAGGAGAAAUUCUCAAAGCAUUUCUUGAACUGAGCGAACGCAAUUCACGACUUGCUGCUCUCAUUGGAUCGUUUCUAUCUUAUACAAACUUAUCUCAUCAGUCGAAUUUUUGGUUGACUACUCGUCUACCUAAAUUCAGAGAAAUUAUCUAUUCGGCAUGCGUUACUACUCGGCAAUUAUUAUAUCUACGCGAUUUACCAUCGUUAGAAACGUUAAAAGUUGUUGAAAUUCAUUCGACAAAUGGUUUGGACACUGCACUUCGAGUUUUAGGUACUCGAUCUCCAAAAUUGUAUUCGCUCAAACUUAAUUUUACUUUAAAAAAUGAUAGUUAUCACUUGACUAAUAACUUCGAUAUUCCAUUGGAAGAGUUGGAUCUCUCAUUUCGAUGUUCUUUCACUCCAACAGGCUCAAUGGUUGAUUCAUUACGUCAUUUAACCUUACGUUUAAAUGGCAUGAGAGAUUUAUUUCAACUUGGUCAACAAUUACCAAUGAUUGAAUCAUUGUUAGCCUAUGUAAAUAGAUCAGUGUAUUGGAUUUCUGAAUCCGUGGAACAAUUUGAUUCAUUUACAAUUAUUUCCCCGCAUCUAAAACGGGUUGGUCUCUAUUCUCGAGAAUAUGAACCAAGAUAUCGGUAUGAAUUCGAAUAUUUUGAAAAAUUCGUGCAUGGAUGUUCGUCAUCGCUUGAAUAUUUAAUACUUGAUUUAAUUUUACUGAAUCAACCCAACGCAUCGACAAGAUUCCAUUCAACAAAAAUCGUUGAUGGUGACCGACUCGAACAAGGAAUGAUAGCAGUUUUACCUCAUCUAAAAAAAUUCGAAUUUCGUUUUGAAUUCGAAAUUCCUGUUAAAUUUAUUGAAAAAUAUCAAAAUUCAUUCGCAAAUGAACUAUGGAGACAACGAUGUAUUGUAAUUGAUUAUUCAGUUUCAGAAACUCUUCCUGGUUCUGAUACUACCACAAUGAGUGUCUUUUCUAUCAUUGAUACUGCAACAGUCUUUGAGCAAUUAUCAAUCGAUUCGUCAAGAAUUGCCAAUUGGCAUUCAAACAUUAGUUUAGCUGUAUAUCACAGUCGAAUUCGACUCACUACUGUGCGUAGUAUAACUAUUUUACCUUCAAAUAAUCAGGCUAUUCUCACUCUCGAUCUAUUCAUUUGGAUUGCGACUUCAUUUCCUCGGCUUCGUCGCUUGGAACUUGUACAAGGAACGCAUUGGCAACUUGAAGAUGAAAGUGUGUCCUAUCCAAAACUUAAAAGUAUUCAAGUUCUCUGCUUCCGUAGAGAAUUCUCUUUUCAACUGAUCCGUCGUUUUCUUCUCAUGUGCCCCCGAGUAAAACACUUGCAACUAUCAAAAGCGUCACUCAAAAAAAUGUUUACGGAACCAAAUGUACGUCGUGAUCUGUAUCUGAAGAGUAUUUAUCAUCAAAUAGUAGCAAUUGAAUUGAAUGGUUCGAGCGAUGUUUUUGACUUUCAGCAACAACUUCAUGAUUUUUUCCCACUUGCUAAACUUAUUUAG